UUUGAGAAUAUUUGUUCUCAAGAGCAUUGUUAUGAAUCCGGCCUCUGGUGUUUAUUUCAGUGCCCCGUUUUCGCCUCUAGAUGCUGUGCUGCUGGAUUUAUGAGUCACGUUCCCAGUCGCACGGCCAGCAUUUCCCACCAAUGAGGAGGCGCCGUGGACAGGAGGGGCGGAGCUUUGCAUCGUUAAUGAGAUGGCGUGUGGGCUGUUUCCCCGGUAACGACAACCAAUGCAAAUCGUAAAGAAGGAAGUAGCGUCGCAAAGUCACGGCUGGGACACAGGUCGAAGAGCACAGCAAAAACAAAAAUCGGAUCUGUCAGUGUACUGUAGCGCUCGGUGUUUUCAGAGGGGCCACCCAGAGACAGCAGAGGAUCCUUUAUUGAUUCAGACUAACAGCUGUGGGCCUACGGAUGGACUUCGCCUUCCCUGCAGUUUAACUGAGCAGAGUGAAAAUAGACAAACUGGAGGUUCACAGAAGAUUUUGUGCCACGAUGGCAAACAAAACAAAAAGAUCCAAAACGGAGCUGGAGAGAGACUCGGGUUUCUCAGAUGCCAGUUCUGGAUAUUUCAGUGCUGUGGAGUUUGAAGACAUUAGGUCCAGAAGUUCUGCCACAGAAAACAUGCAGUCAGGUCCACAGGCACCUGUAGUGCCUGGAUCCUACCAAGACGUCUCUCCUGUGGUCAAAAUGAACAGUUUCAUUGUCAAGCAGCCCAGUCCUGUGACCCCAGCGCUAAAACCAUGGGGUUUCAACCCAUCACUAGAAGUGGUUCCUAGGUCCCCAGUGGUUCUUCUCCAGCCAGUAGUACCCAGCAGCAACUGCACUUCUCAAACUCCUGCCAGCCAGCAAAGACAAUCCAAAAAUUACAUUCCUAUCCUAAACUCGUUUCUGAAAAUUGCUCCCCACCCAGUCAAUGGAGCUGCAGGAGACCUCAGACAAAGCUCCAUCCGCAAGAGCAAUUCAGGCCACAGCCAUUCAGGAAGACGUCGCCAUAAUGAUAAGCAGUCUCGAGCGCUUUCUUUGAAGAAGAGCCUCUCUGAAUCUAACACUGUUGGAAGUCAUUCUGGUGAUCCCUGUAUGUACAGUCAUAGUUCUGAAAAUAUGGAUUCUUCAACAAAGUUUCCUGACCUUAAAGAGACCAAUGCCACGACAACUCCGUUCUCUCACAGUCCUCGUUCUCCACUUUCUGACGCGUGUCCAAAAACAGCAUAUGCUUCCAGUGAUGACGACGUGUCCCUCUCUCCAAGCUCCAGUAAACGCAAGCGCUUCUGCAACACUUAUAACAUUCUGAAUCAGUCAGGGUUACUGGGGAUCACAAUGCGUACAAAGGAGCUAAUUCGUCAGAACAAGCGCUCCCAGGCUCAGCUUCAGAAGUUGCAGGCUCAUACAGACCUCUUCCUGGAGGCAAUGAGCAGCAGAGACCCUCAAGUUUGGGCCAAGCUGCAGCUCACCCUCCAGAGCCCUGCCUCCGAGGAGUCAAAGGAGGACACAGUGGGUAAUACAGGGUUAGAUGGCACAGCCAUUGGCUGUGUCUAGUCAUCAACAGAUGUUGUCAUAUUCUCAAAUUGUACAAGAAAUUGUCUGCAAUCAUUUGGGCAAUACAGAGUUUUGAAGUACAAGUUAUAGUUCAAGCUUAAAGCUUAUAGGGCCCUAUAGGGCAUCUUAUCUGGUAAAGACAGUGCAUUUUUGAGUUGUACUGUCAGUUUAGUGAGCAUAACUAGCAGCAUUGUCAUAAUGAUGGCAAAACAUAAUCUUCCUUAAACAUGCUGCUAAGUGGUCAUAUGGCAGUUUGGCAUUUUGCAAGACAUGAAUUGAAGCCAACUCAUCCCAUCAUUACAUAUAGAUCAUUUCUUUUACUGCAAUAGGACGAUAAUUUAUAGUUUGCAACACCUGUACUGGAAAACAUACAUAAGGAUUUACAAAACAUUUGUAACUGGCCUUGUUUCUCCAUCUUAUUGUUCUACUGUGAUUUUGUACUUCGUUUUUGCGUAGGGCUUGAUUAUGUUGCUUAAUAAUCAUUUCUGUCAGUGCUGUUCAUGUGGUGAUCCUACAGUCUUUGUUUAUGUAAGUGUUACCUUUACUUUUGAAUGUGUCUUGGUACAAACAGAAACAAAUAUAGAAUUUACAUAUAAAAUAUUAAAUGGACAGCUGUUGGAUGAAUAUUAAUCCAACAUGAAUAAUGAGAAGUAAAGGCCUUGAGUUUCAGUUUAAGAACCUAUUGUACCUAUUUGUUUUUGGGAUUAUUUGUUUAUUUAUUUUUGAUUAUUAUUUUUUUAACUGAUAAGUGUAUUAUCUACAUAACAUCACCUUUUUCAUGUGUUUUUUUUUCAGAUUUCUGCUGUUUCUGCUUCUCAGUUUAUUUAAUAUAAGCCUUGAUUGUCUAAGGCAGUGUGCGUGCCUGUAUAUAAGCACCUUCAUUUUGUGCCCUCCUUCACAAAGUAUCAUUUUUUAAAAAUGUUAAUAAAUUAGACUUGAGGCAAAAAUGUUAAAUUAUCUUUCAAUUUCUUGCUAUAAUUGAGUUUUGCAAUUAAUCCCAGAUCUAGAAAUGUGAAUGUCUUUGGUACUUCUUGCAGUUAAUUUACAAAUAGGACAUAUACAGUACUGUGCAAAGGUCUUAGACCGCAAAAUUGCUAUAUAACAUUAUAAUAAAUACAAAUAAGCAUCAACACAGUUUUUUGUUUACUUGUUUUAAUGAAUUUAGUUUUUGUUUAAUUAUUCAAUGAAGAGUUCAUCAGCUGAAGUAGGUAUUGGACUGUAACUAAAUACUGGACUUCCCCAAGGAGAGGUCUGCAAACGGUCAACCUAACAGACUCACACAUAUCAAAUCCCAGUGUUUUUUUAAAUUAUUUGUCUGUAUUUAUUCUAAUGUUUGUGUUUUUGAACAAAUAAAUGCUUACUGCACAGAUGAACAGCUUUACAUAUUUUCUUAGAUGCAGUGACUUUUGCACAGUGUUGUAUGUCAUUCAUGUGUGACAAUACAUAAUAGUAUCACAUUGUCUUUUACUACAUUAAACUAAGAGAUUUUAAGAAUCAUCUUUAGCUUUGUGUUUCAGUAGUCAGUCAGAGUAGUUCUGUCCUAACAUCACUGUCUUUUCAGGGACUGAAUUCCCCAAAGAGUCUAUUUUGUAAAUAUUUAAGGAGAAUACAUAUUGUCUAUUUGUUUUUCUAACCUUGCAUUUGACACUGCAGCAUGGGAAAUGCAGUUCCAUCAUUUUGAAUCAGAAUAUCCUUACUUAGCAUUUUUGUAUGCAGCCCCAGCAGUCUGCAAAACACUUUAGAAGCAUUUGCACUUAAAAGCAUAUGUUGAUGUAAACAGUCAAUGUCUGACCAGCGGUGUCGGUGUGAGCUUAAUGACAGCUCAAAGAUUCACAGGCGAUUGUAAUAUUUGCUGUUGGAAAACAUUGCCCUGCACACAGGUCAAAGGUUUAUUGUCCAGAAAGAAAAAAUACUUUUGUACCAAUAAAAGUCUCUGGGCUAGAUGUGCAAUGCCACCUUCCAUGGCAGUCGUGUCAUUUGGCAAGAGCUAGCAGCAGAAUCAUCUGCCACUAGAGACAGAAGAAUUCUGAUUCUGUCUGAUGAUGACUUGUGUCAUAAUAUCUGGUUCUACAAUUAAUU